AUGCAAGUCGUUUGGGAAGCAGAUACUGCGGCCUUUGCCAGUCGCAAGAGAGCCGCUCGAGCGUGUGCCAAAUGUCGCGCUGCCAAAAAGCGCUGUCAUCAUACCUUCGAGCGCCCUCCAGAACAACAGGCCGAUUCUGCCGGCCUCGACAGAGUUCUCCCCAACCUGACGCACAAAGAACCCAUUCGCUUCGUCGGUGACACGAACCCCGAGUCUAUACUGACAGAUCUAUCAUCACGCUCCCAAGGCGCGACGCGAAUCAGCCGUGUGGGGACUUGGGUGCAGCAGCCUCGUUCUUUGCAGGAUGAGCUCCCAUCAGAAGACCUUGGCCCCCAACCGAAAUCGGGGGACAAGACUCCCGUCAAUGUCGAGAAAUACGGCAAAUCCGAAGGCGGACGGAGGACCCUGACCGGUCACCAACGAAACUACCUACAAGCCGUGGGGGCAUUUCGAGUCCUCCCUAAGGCGACCCAAGAUGCGCUCAUCACCACGUAUAUCGCAUGCCUCGGCGGACUUUUGCCCAUCAUGCACAGCCCGCAGCUCCUGAAGGACUAUACAGAUGGGCGGUGCUCCAUCUUUCUCAUCCAAGCAAUAUGCCUAGUCACCUGCAAGGCUGAAGAAGCUGCACCGUAUUUGCGCCUGUACGAUGAUGGACCCUUGCUUGAUCCAAUCCCGUUUGCUCGAAGUCUCCAUACCGGACUGGACGCGGCGAUGAAGGCAGACCUGGAACCCGAUAGAGUCACCAAAAUCCAAAUCCUGACCUUGAUGCAUCUACAUAAUGACGGUCCCGGAGGGAUUGAAGACUCGUCAUUACACCUGGCCCUUGCAAUCCACGACUCUUGGACGGCGGGACUUCACAUCCUAACCGCAGGACGUACUCCCAAAGACCAGAACUCUAUGCUGUGGUGGACGAUCUGGACACUGGACAAAAUCAACGCCUGUCUAGGAGGCCGGCCCAUCAUGAUUGCCAAUCGAGAUAUCGACAUUGCACGCCCACCACUGGACCCUGACCCAAAUAACCUGGUCAUCAAUGUCUGGCUUCGUCUUGGCGAUCUUCUCGAUCAGGUCAUUGAGUUCUACAGACCCACCGCAGACAUUGACACCACAGGCUGGGAGGCCGAGUUCCCUACAUACUCCUCGCUGACCCAAGAUAUAGACCUCUCGUUGCUUCCCGAAUGUGAGCAGAACGUACUGGAACUCUGCUACCACGUAACAGCCAUCUUGAGCUGCCGCGCCGGCGGACCAACCACCGCAUCUUACGCCCGUCGCAUCUCCGCCGCCGACCGAAUCCAACAACUCCUCUCCAAUGGCGGACACACCCACAUUGCCCCGAUCCCUUUGGUUCCUUAUGCCGUCGGGCUCUCUCUGACAGUAGCUUACCGCUCCCUGCGUGACCAUGCCAACGUUGACCCGGAACAAGCGCAGGCGGACCUCGCCACGCGAUGCGAGACACUCGAGGCUCUCAGUAUGUAUUGGUGGACAGCAGAUGCGAUGGCACGGCUAGGUCGAAAAGCUCUCAGGAGUCUCCAGCAACCUAGCGUGUCGAAGUACUCGAUAAACAACAUUGCCAAUGCCAUGGACGCCGAAGUCGCAGUGUGUAAGUUCGGCCCAUUCGACCCCAAGCCACCUGGUUGUUCCGGUACAUCCCAAGCAACGACCAAGUGCACCAGGAAUGCACGUGGGAAUACCCAUGAUGGAAACGCCGGGAAUGCACUGCAUGUUCUCUCUGAUGCGGCGGCCACGCACUCCACGCAGCCCCAGCACGAUAACCAUGGCCAGGCUGUAAGCUCAACGACUACCACUACCCCAACAGCGUUCACAGCAUCUACACAGACGCCCACGGCCGCUGCACAUAAUCGAUCGACAAAUCAAAGCCACACUCCCCAAUCCAUCGCAGGUACUAGUGCGACGACAAACACUUAUACCGGGUUGAUCCCGCCUACCCCUCACAACAGGCCAGCUCCUGGAUCUGACCAUCCUUACAGUGGGGACCCGGUCAACAUCCCAUCAUCUUUCAACGACCAGUACCAAUACCAGUUCGAUGACCUUGAUAACCUCUUUGAUGGCUUCUUCGAUCUCAGCAUGCCGACCAUCUUCCAGGACCCGCUGUUCGAUGGCGACGCCUUCCUUAGCGCAGACGUGAGCUUCGCUGAGGCGGAUGGAAUGGACACGGAUGCGACCGGAGGCAUUGAAAUGGCUGGCUUCGACGAUGGCACCGGCGGUAUGCCUCCUCCGACUGAUGGUCAUGGUCCAAGUGACGAUAAUGUAAUCGGACGGGCUAUGGCGAGCAACAACGCGCAUGCACUUGCGCAUACAAGAGCAAGUAUUGCUACCGUGAAUCCAAACGCAACCUUGAAUGCAAGCACGGCAACAGCGAAACCGAAAGGUCCAAACCCCAUGUUUCCUAACAUUCUCCUAAAUUGA